AUGAUUGACCGAGCGAGCGGGGCCCCUCCGCCCGGCCUCCUCCGCCCCCUCCCCCUCCCCACCCGGAGGGGCUCAAACGCCAAAGCGUCCACGGGCAUGGCGCACCGCAACUCGGCCACGAGCGUCGCCGCCCGCCGCCUGGCGCUGCUGGCCGCCUGGCUCGCCGCCUACCCGGCGUGCGCCUCCGGCAAGCCGGGCGCUGGCCUGCGAACGUGGGGGCGCUUCAACAAGCUCCCCUACCCGGGCGACAAGGCCUUCCUGCACGGCACCUUCCCAGCGGGCUUCAUGUGGGCGGUGGGCACGGCCGCCUACCAGGUGGAGGGCGCCUUCGACAAGGACGGUAAGGGCCCGUCCAUCUGGGAUACGUUCACCCGGGGCGGCAAUCGCAAGGCGACGGGCGACGUGGGCAGCGACAGCUACCACAACGCGGCGGCCGACGUGCGCGCCAUCCGGCAGCUGGGCGUCAGCCACUACCGCUUCUCGCUGUCGUGGCCGCGGAUCUUCCCCAACGGCACCCGCGGGAGCCUCAACGAGGCGGGCGUGCGCUACUAUCGCGGCCUGCUGGCCCGGCUCAAGGAGGCCCGGGUGGAGCCGGUGGUGACCCUGUACCACUGGGACCUGCCCGACGCGCUGCAGCGGCGCCUGGGCGGCUGGAGCAACCCGGACAUGGUGGAGGUGUUCCGCGACUACGCCGACUUCUGCUUCCGGGCGUUCGGCGACGACGUCCGCUGGUGGAUCACCAUCGACAACCCGUUCGUCGUGGCACGGCACGGCUACGGCACCGGGGUGGUCGCCCCGGGUGUCAAGGGCGACCCUGACCUGCCCUUCAGGGUGGGACACGUGCUGCUCAAGGCUCACGCGGCGGCGUGGCACGUGUACGACCGCGACUACCGGCCGCGCCAGGGCGGGCGCGUGUCCAUGGCGCUGGCGUCCCACUGGGUCCGCCCGAGCCUCACGCGCGUGGAGAGCCUGCGCGAGUGCCAGUGCUCGUUGGAGCACGUGCUGGGCUGGUUCGCCGGGCCGCUGUUCGGGGACGGCGACUACCCGGCCUGCAUGAAGGCCCGCCUGGGCGCCCGGCUGCCGGCGUUGGCGGGCGAGGAGCGGCGGCGGGUGAGGGGCACGGCCGACUUCUUCGCGUUGUCUCACGGCGCCGCCCUCAGCUUCCAGCUCAUCAACGACAGCCUCAAGUUCGGCCAGCAGGAGGACUUGGACCUGCGCAUGCUCCUCUACUGGGUCAGCGCCGAGUACGACCGGCCCGACAUCUUUGUGGUGCAGAGCGGAUGGUACGUGCUGGGCAGCACAAAGACUCAGGACCCGAAGCACAUGUACUACCUGAAGCGGUUCAUCGCGGAAGCUCUCAAAUCCAUCGCGAUGGACGGCGUGAAGGUGGUGGGCUACACGGCGUGGUCUCUGGUGGACGGCUUCGAGUGGCACCGCGAGUACGGCAUCAGGCGAGGACUCUACUACGUCGACUUCAACGCGCCCGACAUGAAGCGAGAGCCCAAGACCUCGGCCACCUUCUACAAGAACGUGAUCCAGAGGAACGGUUUUCCGGAGCUUCCGGAGAACCGUCCCGCUCAAGGAGUUUUCCCGUGUGACUUCGCUUGGGGGGUCUCGGCCAACUCCAUCCAGGUGGAGAGCUCUCCCAGUCAAUUUGCGGACCCCAGCGUGUACGUGUGGAACACGGACAGCGGCGAGCUGACCCGACUGGACGGCCUGGUCGCGCCGCCUCCACGCCGCAACGCGCACUGUGCCGACUACGUCAGCAUCGGACAGCAGGUGGAUGAAAUCCAGGCAGUGGGCGUGAGCCACUUCCACUUCUCCCUCAACUGGUCGGCGCUGGUGCCGGCGGGCGACGUGGCGCGACCCAACGCCACCCUGCUGGGCUACUACCGCUGCUUCAGCCGCCAGCUGCUGCGCGCCAACGUCACGCCCGUGGUCACCCUGUGGCACCACACGCGCCAACACAGCAGCCUGCCGGCGCCCCUCGACAGUGCCAACAGGUGGCUCAACAGGGAGACUCCGGACUUUUUCGCCGACUACGCGCGCCUGUGCUUCCGCGAGCUGGGCGAGCACGUGAAGAUGUGGAUCACGCUCAACGAGCCCAACGACGAGAUGGUGAGCUACCAGGAAGCUCAUCAGAUGCUGCGAGCUCACGCGCUGGCCUGGCGCGCUUACGACCGAGACUUCAGGCCCGCUCAGGGCGGUCAGGUUUCUCUGGCUCUGCACAUGGACUGGGUGGAACCGGCCUUCUCGUUCAGCCGCGAGGACGUGGAACCGGCCAAGCGGGUUCUGGACUUCCGGGUCGGAUGGUUCGCCGAGCCGAUCUUCGGCAGCGGAGAUUAUCCUGUGGGAAUGAGGAGCUGGCUGCGACAACUCAACUCACUUGAACUUCCGGUGUUCAACGAGAAGGACCGGCGGCUGGUCAAAGGCACGUACGACUUCUUCGCCAUCAGCCACUUCAGCACCGAACUGGUGACGCACGCCAAGGAGGACUCGUACACGUACACGCCCAUGCUGGAGGUGCAGCACAUGAUCGACACCACGUGGAUCAUGUCGCCUCGGCCCGUGGUACCUUGGGGCCUGAGGAAGGCACUCAACUGGGUGAAGGAACACUACCCGCACGUGUCCGUCUACGUGAUGGCCAACGGCGUGCAGGAGGACCCGGCCCGCUUCAAGGAUAGCCUGAGGGUCUUCUACGUGUACAACUACAUCAACGAGGCACUCAAAGCGUUCACCCUGGACGGCGUGAAUCUGAAGGGCUACUUCGCCUACGCCCUGAGCGACCAGCGCGACCCGGGCUUCGGCCUGUACGGCCACGUGCACGAGGAGGCGGUGGUGAAGGCGUCGCUGGCCAACUAUCGCAACAUCAUCCGCCACAACGGCUUCCCCGUGCCGGGGGCGCCCGCCCAGCGGUGCCCCCGCGCCGCCCGGCCCUGCCCAGGCUGUCGGGCUCUGGUCAAGCGACCCGUGGUGGGCUUCCUGACGCUGGUGGGCUCGGCCACGCUAAUCACGUUAGGCCUGGUCGUCUACUACGCCGCCAGGAGACGCAAAGACGCUUACUGA